AUGCAGACGCCGCACCAUGGGCAUCAGGACCCCGCAGGUCAUGGUCACCACCAGCCCGACCACGGACACCGGCAUGUCGGUGAAGAUUUGCUAUCCGUAGAAGAGGCCUAUCGGCAAAUAAUGGCCUGCUUCUCCCCCCUGGAGAUCGAGGAAAAGCCCAUACUGGACUGCCUGGGUCAGACACUGGCGGUUGAUGUCCGUUCACCGCUGGCAUUGCCACCCCUGGCCAAUUCCGGCAUGGAUGGCUACGCGGUCAGGAGGGAUGACAUUGCCGGGUCAUCCGAAACCUCUCCCCGCAAUCUGCAGGUUAUCGGGCUGGUAGCCGCCGGACAGGUUUCGACCCAGACCGUUGAGCCGGGCACUGCCAUCCGGAUAAUGACCGGCGCUCCGGUUCCAGCCGGCGCCGAUACUGUGGUCCCCUUCGAGGAAACGGACGAGAUCAGCCGCCGUGCCUCGGGGCGCCCUCUGACCGACAUAGACAUUCAGGCUGACCUGCCCUUCGGGUGCAACGUCAGGCCCGCCGGCGAAGACGUCCAGCCGGGUAUGCUGGUGUUGGAAGCUGGUACGGUCAUCCGGCCGGCGGAAGUCGGAGUGAUGGCCUCCCUCGGCCUGGACAGGGCCCAGGUGAUUCGCCGUCCCCUGGUGUCGGUCUUGUCCACCGGAGACGAACUGGCAUCGCUGGGCGAGGCACUGGCUGGCGGCAAGAUUUACGACAGCAACAGUUUCAGCGUGGCCGCCUCGGUGGUGGCCGCCGGGGGUGUGCCGAAGAUUCUGGGCAUUGCCCGAGACAAUCUGGAGGACAUGCACCGCAAGCUGGAGCAGGUGGCUGACUCCGACCUGCUGGUUACGUCGGCGGGGGUAUCCAAGGGCGAUUACGAUGUGGUCAAGGACGUGCUGACUGAACGAGGAGACAUCAACUUCUGGUCCGUCCGGAUGCGGCCCGCCAAGCCCCUGGCUUUCGGAAUGCUGCGGGGAGACCCGGUGAACGGGACUGGGAGGCCUAUACCCCUGAUGGGACUGCCGGGCAAUCCGGUGAGCGCCAUGGUAGCCUUCGAGAUGUUCGCGCGGCCGGCCAUUCGAACCAUGCUGGGACGCAAACAGUUGGCCCGACCCACAGUGGAAGGUGUCCUUACCGGCCCAAUUUACAAUACGGACGGACGACGGGUUUACGCCCGGGUGGAGGUGGAGAAACGGGACGGCGAGUAUUACGCCAACCCCACCGGGCCCCAGGGGUCCAACAUCCUGACAUCCAUGUCACGGGCCAACGCCCUGGCCAUCUGUCCCGAAGACAUACCCGCCAAGCAGGCCGGCGAGCGGGUAAAAAUCAUCAUGCUUGAUUGGAACGAAGAGGUAACUAUAUGA